UCGUCACGCCUUAUGUAUGUUAGGAAAUGAGAAAUUUGUGGGAAACCAUUUUCAAAGUCUGAAACCCAGAACAAAGUGCUGACAAAAGAAAACAAAACCAAAUAGACAAAAAAAAAAAGGGUAACCUGUUUCAUCUGCCCCUUUUAUGGUAGCAGCAUAUAUAAUAGAAGGGCUUUAGCCUUUCUUUUCUUCUUUUUGUUAUUUUUCUUAUGCAAAGGAGAGCCUUCUUUUUCUCGUUUUGGCUUUGAAGAAGAAGGCUCUGUUUUGGAAUUUCUUUUUUUAUUUGUUUUCUUUGGGGGGAAGGUAUUUGAGAAGAUGAUAAGAUGGUGGAUAUCUGCCUUGCAAUUAGCCGAGCUGUUUGUUAGCUCUAUGGUACAUUUGCUAUACGGGUUUUACAUAUUUAGCACGGCGGUGGCUGGUGACCUUUCUCAGGCUUUGAAUGAAUGGUUUAUUAAGCCUAAUGCAAAUAUAGAGGUGAAAAGAGAAGACCCAAGUGGGACCAAUGUUGAUGCUCUGCCCCCUAUUGUGUUGGUUCAUGGCAUUUUUGGAUUUGGCAAAGGGCGAUUGGGAGGUUUAUCAUACUUUGCAGGGGCAGAGAAGAAAGAUGAGAGGGUUCUUGUGCCUGAUUUGGGAUCUCUUACCAGCAUAUACGAUAGGGUUUUGGGUGGCUUCAGGGCGCGUGAAUUGUUCUAUUAUUUGAAAGGAGGGCAAGUUGAUUAUGGUGAAGAACACAGCAAGGCUUGUGGGCACUCGCAGUUUGGGCGAAUUUAUGAGCAAGGACAUUACCCGGAAUGGGAUGAAGAUCACCCUAUUCACUUUGUUGGCCAUUCAGCUGGUGCUCAGGUUGUGCGAGUCUUGCAGCAAAUGCUUGCUGAUAAGGCAUUCAAGGGAUAUGAGAGUACUUCUGAGAACUGGGUAUUGAGCAUAACAUCCUUAUCCGGGGCUUUCAAUGGGACUACAAGAACCUAUUUAGACGGCAUGCAGCCAGAGGAUGGGAGAAUGAUGAAACCUAUAUGUCUACUGCAGCUGUGCCGCUUAGGAGUCAUAAUUUAUGAUUGGUUGGAUAUCCCCUGGCUAAAGGCCUACUACAAUUUUGGGUUCGAUCACUUUAGCACGUCAUGGAAAAAAAUGGGUCUUUGGGGUCUUGUUGACUGCCUCUUGGGGAAUGCGGGGCCGUUUGCUACGGGAGACUGGAUCCUUCCUGAUCUUACAAUUCAAGGGUCAAUAAGACAGAACUGCCAUCUACAAACAUUUCCUAACACGUUCUACUUCAGCUAUGCUACCAAGCGUACAAGGAAGAUCCUGGGUGUCACAGUUCCUUCCGGCAUUCUUGGUAUACACCCUUUGCUUUUUAUACGAGUACUACAGAUGAGCCAGUGGCGUCAUCCUCCAGAUGUUUCUCCCCCUUAUAAAGGCUACAGGGAUGAAGAUUGGCAGGACAAUGAUGGAGCUCUCAACAUGAUAUCCAUGACUCACCCUCGUCUUCCGAUUGAGCAUCCAAGCCAUUUUGUUGUGAAUGAUUCGGAGUGCCUACCCUUGCAGCCAGGCAUAUGGUAUUACAAGAUUGUAGAGGCAGAUCACAUAUUGUUCAUUGUGAAUAGGGAAAGAGCAGGCUUUCAAUAUGAUCUGAUAUAUGACAGCAUUUUUGAACGUUGCAGAAAACAUGUAGUUAGAAAGACUCUACUAACUUUACCAAAUCAAGCUCCCGAAUAGUCUAGCACCCGUUAUUCUCACACAUACACUACACUACAAGUCUACUUCUGGAAGAGGAAAUCAUAACAGCUCUCAUUAUGUUCCACCCCACAAAUUCUCUUCUCAUCUGUUUCUUUAUUUUUCCCGACUUUUCCACCCUUUUUAUCCCUGCUGUAAUUGUAAAAUUUCCAUUUCAUUUCUCUUUAUGAUUCCACAUACCAAUUCACUAGGUUGUAGCUAUGUGCGGGGAUAUCAGAAGCUUAGGCUGUACACCAAUGUUUUAUCUUCACUAAAUUUGGAUGCAUCUUGGAAGAGAUAUUCUCAAAGCAUAUAGAAUCGUUCAAGUUGGGAAGGCCA